CCCCGUCACUAUGCGCUAACGCUAUGAUUCUGAUGAAGGUAACUGACGUUGCAGAUAAGAUAAGAUAAUCAUGGACGUACGUUGUCCCCUAUGCGAGGAACUUGCCGCUCAAGCAUGACAUUUUGUAGCAUAAUGCCCUCUUUUGUGCGACCUUGUUGUGCAACCAUCGUUCCAGGUGACGCACAAAACAGAUAUCAGAGUGUGCACAUGUGCGUUAUGCUCGUGGUGUUCGUCGCUGUCUCUUUGCGCGACAAACAUCAAUGCGGCGGUUGCGCUGCGAAGCUUUUUGUCUCUGUGGGCGGGAGUGGUCCUUGCUCAGCCAAACAAUAUCGAAGGCUGUGGCAACGUUCAUCGCAGACCUCCGAAUCGUUACUCUUCUCAUGGUCGGCGACGUCAUCGUCAAGAACAUAACGAUAGUACGUAACUGGACACACUUCUCCUUGUCUAUUCUUCAAAUAUUGAUAGCGUUGUCUCAGGAUAU